CUCCUCACCCCUUCACCGCUCUCUUAAACCUCGCUUCGCGUUCCCCUGUUCUUUGUCUCCUUUUACAGGCGGCCACUUUGUCUCCGUGCGUUACUCGUCGCCUCCCCUUCCUCCUCAGUCUCUGGAUAUUUCGCCUUGGGCUUGAAUUGCCCCCUUCUCCAUUUGUGUCAUCAUCCCCUGCUUCCUUCUUUUCCUCCGCAGUGUACCUCCUCCUGCCUCUUUUUCUUCCCCAUGGCUAGCCUUGCACACGCAGCUACGGCUGCUGGUGUGCAAUGGGGCCUCUCUCCUGCACAUUCCUCCGCUUCUGCUGGAAAUUCGCCCCACCGGCUUUCUGCAUUGCCUCGCACGCCAAUAUCUGGUUCAAUUCGGCACGAGCUGCUCGGUGAUGCUCUGUGCUUUCGUCCUCUGCCUAUUGGGACCCCGAAAUCCAAAUUAGCUGCAGCUGUCCGCAACGCUGUUGCUACUGAAGAGCUUCCGCAAGUCACUAACAAGAAGAUGAGCUUACGAAGCGAUAUUCGGAAUAUUGCUAUUGUCGCACAUGUCGACCACGGAAAGACUACGCUAGUUGAUGCCAUGCUUCGACAGGCUAAGGUUUUCCGUGACAACCAAUCCGUUCAAGAGCGCAUUAUGGACUCCAAUGACCUGGAGCGCGAAAGAGGAAUUACCAUUCUGAGUAAGAACACUGCUAUUCGAUACAAAGGGACUAAGAUUAACAUCAUUGAUACACCCGGGCAUUCAGACUUUGGUGGUGAGGUGGAGCGAGUGCUUAACAUGGUUGAUGGCGUGCUCUUACUGGUCGACUCGGUGGAGGGUCCAAUGCCCCAGACCAGAUUUGUAUUAAAGAAGGCCCUGGAGCUUGGCCAAACUGUGGUUGUGGUUGUAAACAAGGUGGACCGACCUUCAGCGCGACCCGACUACGUCGUCAACACCACCUUCGAGUUGUUUGUAGAACUGAAUGCUUCUGAUGAGCAGUGCGACUUUCAGGUUGUGUACGCCAGUGGCAUUCACGGGAAAGCUGGUUUAGAGCCAGACCAGCUUGCUGACGACCUGGAACCGCUAUUCGAGGCAGUGAUCAGGUGUAUUCCAGAGCCCCGGGUUGAUAUUGAAGGUCCUCUCCAGAUGCUUAUAACAAACUUGGAUUACGACGAACACAAGGGUCGAAUUGCAAUUGGACGCGUUCAUGCUGGGCGUGUGAGGAAAGGGAUGGAAGUGAAGGUCUGCACCCCGGACGACCGUUGCAGAAACGUGAAAGUCAAUGAGCUUUUCGAGUAUGAUAAUUUUGCCCGAGUUCCUGCUGAUGUGGUGGAGGCUGGAGAUAUUUGUUGUCUCUCCGGAAUUGAUGAUGUUUUGAUUGGAGAGACACUGGCGGACAAGAUAGAUGGGGUAGCACUGCCAACCAUUACAGUGGAGGAACCUACUGUUAGGAUGUCUUUUUCUGUGAAUACGUCGCCUUUUGCUGGACGAGAGGGGAAGUAUGUGACAAGUAGGAAUCUGAGAGAUCGGCUCUACCGGGAGUUGGAAAGGAACCUGGCCAUGAAGGUAGAAGAUGGUGAAACUGCCGACACUUUUAUUGUCAGUGGUCGUGGAACGCUGCACCUCACAAUCCUUAUAGAGAACAUGAGGAGAGAAGGCUACGAGUUCUUAAUUGGUCCACCGAAAGUCAUCAACCGGGAGCUAAAUGGGAAGAAGCUUGAGCCUUUUGAGGAUGCUACUGUGGAGGUUCCUGAAGAGUAUGUGGGAGCAGUUGUGGACUUAAUGGGCAAGCGUCGGGGUCAAAUGCUGGAUUUGUCAACCACCGGGAUGGAGAAUACCACGCUGGUGAAGUACAGGAUUCCAACUCGCGGUUUGCUUGGUCUACGGAACGCAAUACUCACUGCCUCCAGGGGCACUGCUGUGCUUAACACUAUCUUUCAUGGAUAUGACGUGUGGGCUGGAGAUAUAAGUACUCGUGAGCAAGGAUCUUUGGUUGCUUUUGAGACUGGACCUACAACUUCGUACGCCCUUUUCAGUUGUCAAGACAGAGGCAACCUCUUUCUGGGCCCUGGAGUAGAAGUCUACAAGGGCCAAAUAAUUGGAAUUCAUCAAAGACCUGGUGACUUAUCUCUAAAUGCCUGUAAAAGGAAGGCUGCAACCAAUGUGCGCUCAAACAAGGAAGCUACAGUGGUAUUAGCGUCCCCUAUAGAGCUGAGUCUGGAUGAUUGUGUGGAGUACAUUCAAGAAGAUGAGCUCGUGGAGGUCACUCCCCUCAGCAUUCGGAUGUGCAAGAAUGCCAAGAUGCUGCAGAAGAAGCGUUAGAAUGGAGGAUCUUUUGUAUUUUUGGUAUGGUUAGGUGUAGACAUUCCUGGAAGUAGGAUUAUUUGCGAAGAACUAGUACGCCGUUUUACGUUGUGAAAUUCAGGUUCUUUUAGUUCUUUAUUUUUUUAUUUUUUCGUCGAUAGCAUCGUAUGUAGGGACAUAAGUCUUAUUUAUGGAAAUUUGAGCUGAUUUCUUAUCCCUGUAAUCUGAUAAGGGGGUGUUACAUUAAGGUACUUAGAAAUUUUAGAGGGAUUGGUACUCAGAGGAGCAUAUUAUGCAGUGCGUAGCACAAGUAAUAUGAUGUUGACAGAAGUUGGGCCGAUAUGUUAUACGGCUGACUUAGAUAUAGAAUCGUGAAUGAAGUUGAUAGAGCUUUAGAAGGUGAGUAGGAAGAGGUGAUCUGUUAGUGUAAAACGCGUUGGAAAGUGUUUAGGAUAAUACCCUCGGAACACACGUCAGGAAUGACCGGUGUUGUGACUAUGUCUUGAACAAGUUGGGUUGCAACAGGCGGGUUCACAGGAGAAUUUCUGUCGCUUUAUCAACUCCUGUUCACAAAGAUUAUAAAAGGACAGUGUAUUGAUGAAAAAUCGAAUAUUAGAUAUUAAUUAUAACGUGAAUAACUUAACUGGGCAGUUAUCA